UCGGGACUCGACAGAGAAACUCGACCUCUCUCCGAACUCUCCUGUUUCCAGACUCGACAAACCUCGACACGCUUCGACGCGAGGCUGCGGUGCAGAGCGCGUCGCCGGCGUCACAGACACACGGGGUUUUAUUGAAGCUCCGCGUCGUUUUUAAUUCAAUCCGCAAACCGUGUGCGGAUUAAGAGGCGCUGAUGUUGUUAGUUGUAAUUCCUCACUGUUUCUUUAUCUCGUCUUUGUUUUCUAUCGUCAACAGUUUUCGAGGGUUAUUUUGAGAGUUUUUGAGAAGUAAUCUCGGCUUUUUUUUAAGUAUGUGUCGGGUUUCUUAAAUAUUAUUUAUAUGAUAUACUUUUUUUAUUUCCAAAACGGGUUUAAUUAUUAAUAAGAGUUACACGUUGACUGUCACGUGCGCUUUAUAUAUAUAUAUAUAAUCUUUUUUUAUAUUUUAUUUUAUUUUUACAAACUUUCAAAUUUCUCCAAAACGUGGGUUUCAUUAUACCGUGAUCUCUAUAUCUUCAAAUAUGAGCGAUUUGACUUCGGGGAUGCAGGGGGGCUUCGGCGACCCACCCUCGGACUCUGAGAAGGAGGACGAGCUCUGGGAGAAGGUGGACAGCGUCCGGCACAAACUGACCCGAAUCCUGAAUCCGGCCAAGCUGACCCCUUACCUGAGACAGUGCAAAGCGAUCGACGAGCAGGAUGAGGAGGAGGUGCUGAACUCCCUGCAGCUGCCUCUCCGAAUCAACAGGGCUGGUCGCCUCGUUGAUAUUCUUCGUCAGAAAGGACGUCGGGGUUAUGACGCCUUCAUGGAGUCCCUGGAAUUCUAUCACCCCGAUUUCUACACCAACCUGACUGGGAGAGAACCCACCCAGCGCUGCUCCAUCAUACUGGAUGAGGAGGGUCCUGAGGGCCUCACUCAGUUUCUGCUGGUGGAAGUGAAGAAGCUGAGGGAGCAGCUGAAGGAGAGCCGGCUGGCUGAGCGGAGGCUGUCUCAACGCUGCCGCGCGGUGGACGAGGAGAGGCGGUGCGGCGAGGAGAGGCUCCGGCUGCUCCGGGAGGAGAGGUCCCGGCUGGACAGGCUGACCGCAGACUGGGAGUCCAGCGCCCUGGAGCUGAGCCGGGCCAAGGAGCACAACUACACACUGGCGCUGAAAUACAGCCAGGCCCUGGAGGAGAAGGGGGAGGCCAUGAGCAGAGCCAGGGAGCUGCAGUUACAGGUGGACCUGCUCAAGAACAAGCUUCUCUCAUUGGAGGAGGAGGUGAGCCCCGCCCCCCCUCUGAGGCUGGACUCUGAUAGGCUGAGCCGGAGUGACAGUGCCAUCCAGCUGCUGGAGGAGAACAGACACUUGAAAGACAAACUGACUGAGCUGCAGAGCGCGAUACAGAGGGGCACAGGCAAUCCGAUCCUGCUGGAGAUUCUGCACCAGGACCAUAGAGAGGCUCUGGAGCACAGGAGCGACCUCUGCAAUACCAUCAACAGACUGCAGGGGGAGCUGAUGGCAGUCGAGAGCCACCGCGACAAGCUCCUCACUCACUCUGAGAAACUCGAAGCUCAGAUCCAGGCUCUGCAGAGAGACUGUGCGAUUGAGAGGAAGAGAAACAUCUCCUACCAGACUCAACUGCAGGAGAUACAGAGAGAGACAUACCAGGCCCUGCGCAGUCGGGACACGUUGCAGCUGCAGUACACAGAGUGCAUGCUGGGUAAGAACGACCUUCGGAAAGUCAUCGAGGAGCUCCGGGACGCCAACGGUGAGCUGGAGAGAAAAUUGCUGAGAGCGGAGAGUGGAGCGAAACGGAGCUGCCUGGACUGUAGUCCGCUGUCUCUCCUGUGUGACGGCCCCUGCAGUGAGCUGUGCUGCUCUCUCUAUGAGGAGAGGCUGUCAGUACCGGAGGAGACCAGAUGGGGGAGCAGCAAGGCUCUUCCAAAACUCCAAUACUCGGACGGAUCCUGUGCAAAUUCAGAGGAGUUUCUGUCUGUAACGGAAACUGAGGACAGCGAGAAAGACAUCAACCGAUUAUCAAUAUUCCCGUUUCCUCCUUGCGCCGGAUCAAUUCUGCGCAGAAACCAGGAACACGACCUGCUGUUAUCCGAGGCAAGGUUCGAAUAUGAUUCUUGGGGAAGUGACGAUAAUCUAACAGGGCCUGGUCACACGGACUCGCCUCUCUCCAUGUCCUCGAGCUCUUUCGGGUCGCAGAUCUUCCCUUCGGAUUUGAUUACGAUCCCGAAGGCUCCCUGCACCCCAAAUCUGAGCACCCCGAAUAUCAGCACCCCACCCGUGAGCACCCCAGACCUCUUCCGAUGUCCUGUUGCUCCGCCCACAACGGAUCCAGGCCCCGCCCCCCUGUUGCAGAAAGGGAGUCUGGCCGCUGACAUCACCAUCGUCGGGGGCAACCGCACAGGGGUGUUUGUGAGCGGGGUGAAGGAGGGUUCGAGAGCGGAGCAGUGCGGCCUGAAAGAAGGGUGUCAGCUGCUGGAGCUGUUGAUGGGUGGAGAGAGUUUGAAGUUGGAUUCUUGCACUAAAGAAGUCGCUCACUUCAGCCUGCAGGGGUGGACGGAGCCCUCCGCCCUGAAAUUCAAACACAACAAUGAAGGUUACAGGGAGCUGUGUCAGGACCUGCAGAGCAGAGGCAAUGCGGACUCCUUCUAUGUGAGGGUCAAUCUGGACAUUAGGGGGCGCUCUGACUGCCACUCCAUGGAGGUGCGCUGCGAUGACAUCAUUCACGUGGUAGACACGGUCUACCAGGGCCGGUACCAGUGGUUCUGUAGCAGAGUGGACCCGACCUCAAAGAGCAGUCUGGACAGCGGUACUGUACCAAACUAUACCAGAGCUCAGCAGCUGUUUUUGGUCCGGCUUCGUACGUUAGCUCUGGAGAGAAAAGAUUUGAAAAACAAGCUGGUGAAGAAGUCUACUGAGCGCGUGCGGCUGGUGAAGGCGGUCCCUCCCAGCUGUCGCAGUUUAGGCUCCUCCCCUCGCCUGGUCUACACCCUCAGUCCCUGUCAUGAGGACAGUCUGUCCCCUUACAGCCUGGUCCAGCCCGUCCCGGUCCAGUCCAAGCGGCCGGUCAUCUUCUCUCCCUGCCUGCUGUCCCGAGGGCUGAUCGAGAGGCUGCUGCAGCCCGCCAGCUCAGGACUCGAGUUCAACACCUGCCACCCAGAGCCGCUCUCUGAAGCCGAUCAGAGGGACUCCAGAGUCUUCCCGUUGGGAGCGUCGGAUCAGGGAAUCAGACUGGAGUCCAUUCAGGAAGUCAUGAGCCAGGGGCAGCACUGUCUGCUGGAGCUCAGCAUCCGCUGUGUGGAGCCUCUGAUCCGAAACCACAUCUACCCCCUCGUGAUCCACAUCCCUCCCAGAGAGAGGAGCAUCAAGAGACUCAGGAAGCUGCUGCGUGGGCCCCACUGCCCAGACGAGGAGGCUGGGAUCCUGUCGCUGUGCCGGGCCGAAGAGCAGCUGCUGGAGAGCCUGCCCCUGCGCUACUCCAGCCUGGGGACUGAGGCCUGGUCCAGCGCGGAUGAGCUGACCAGAGCCGUGAGGGAGCGCAUACUGAGAGACCAGAGAGACAGCGUGGUGUGGGUGGAGAGCGAGGAGAGGAGAGGAGGAGGGGACUGAGAGAGGAGAGGAGAGAGAGAGCGUGGUGUGGGUGGAGAGCGAGGAGAGGAGACUGAGAGAGGAGAGGAGAGGAGAGAGAGAGCGUGGUGUGGGUGGAGAGCAAGGAGAGGAGAGGAGGAGACUGAGAUAGGAGAGAGGACUGAGAGGAGGGGAGGGGACUGAGAGGAGAGAGGACUGAGAGAGAGGAGAGGAGGGGACUGAAAGGAGAGACAGCGUGGUGUGGGUGGAGAGCGAGGAGAGGAGAGAGGAGGGGACUGAGAGAGGAGAGAGGACUGAGGAGAGGAGGGGACUGAGAGGAGAGAGGACUGAGAGGAGAGGAGGGGACUGAGAGGAGAAACAGCGUGGUGUGGGUGGAGAGCGAGGAGAGGAGAGAGGAGGGGACUGAGAGAGGAGAGAGGACUGAGAGGAGAGGAGGGGACUGAGAGGAGAGAGGACUGAGAGGAGAGGAGGGGACUGAGAGGAGAGGAGGGGACUGAGAGGAGAGAGGACUGAGAGGAGAGGAGGGGACUGAGAGGAGAGGACUGAGAGGAGAGGAGGGGACUGAGACGAGAGGACUGAGAGGAGAGGAGGGGACUGAGAGGAGAGAGGACUGAGAGGAGAGGAGGGGACUGAGGAGAGAGGAGAGAGACAGCGUGGUGUGGGUGGAGAGCGAGGAGAGGAGAGGAGGAGGGGACUGAGAGAGGACUGAGAGGAGGGGAAAGGAGAGAGGAGAGGAGAGGACAGAGAGGAGAGAGGAAAGGAGAGAGGACUGAGGAGAGGGGAGAAGAGAGAGAGAGGGGUGAGACAGAAGGGAGAGGAGAGGAGAGAUCAUUAUUGUUACAUCAUUCUCAUGGUAUUGUUCUGAUUAAUGGAGGAUUACUGCUGAUAAUCAACAAGGAACCCGUGAUCCAGAUCAGAGCAGAUCUGUAACCGCGUAUUCUGAGGCUGUGCCUGUGGAGAAGCUGGAUCUUCAAAACAAUUAAAUAAAUACACAUCUCGAUAUACAAUCACAUGACUACUGUGUUACACGGAGACUGACUUACACGACAACACUACAAAUACCCGAUAAAGCGUUUUCAGAGUUAUUUUAAAGAGGCUCGGCUCACAUCUGCAGCCCUGGCAGUGGUGAAAGUUUAUGAGAAAUUCAUACUUCAGAGUUGUUGUUUUUUUAACCAGCUAUAUGUAAAUUGAACUGAACGAUCCGUCGAAAUAAUGUAAAAAAUGGUUAACGGUUUAUAUCGCGUGGCAUAAACGAAUAUUAAAUAGCAAUUAUAUAUUAAAUUAAAGAUAAAUUAAUGUUUAAUCGAUACGCAAUUGAUAUUACAUUUACGUUCAAUUAUUCCCCGUUGCUUUUAACUAACAUUUCAGUCAGAUUCGCUCUAGUUUCGAUUGAAACCGUUUAAGCAAUGGGACAUUAUUACAUCUUUUCAAAGGUAACAGAACGUAAUAUAAACGGACGUGACGUGAAACAUUUUCAAUCGAGAUUAACAUUAGCAAGCUAUUGCAUAUUGAUGAAAUAUUAAUUUAACAUUAAUUUAAUAUGCAAAUCGCAUUAUCUAUUUAAUUAAUUUAUGCCACGCCAUAUAAAUACCAAAAAACCGUUAUCAAAACAAAUCAAAUGCGUCUGUAAAUAAACGGCUGCCUCGUUUUCCAGCGGCGUGGGUUCUUUUGCAGGAUACGUGGCCGUUUUCAGAAUAUAAUUUCCUCUGCUGCGUUUGAAUUGCUUCGUUCAGGCUGCGUUUCAAAGUCUCUCUAUCGCAGAUUCAAUGUAUUUGAUUUAUUUGCGUUUCCAUCGCGUUGCCUCACGCUGCGGUACACGUGUUCCACCACACGAGGGCGACAAACCUGCCAGAAUCUUGCAGAAUCGUCACCGCUGUUCGGUGUCAUUGUGCAAUUUGGUCGUUAAUUAUUAUUAUUAUUAUUAUUAUUAUUAUUAUUAAUUUAUUUAUUUAUUUAUUAGCAGACGCCCUUAUCCAGGGCGACUUACAAUUGUUACAAGAUAUCACAUUAUUUUUACACACAAUUCCCCAUUUACACAGUUGGGUUUUUACUGGAGCAAUCUAGGUAAAGUAUUAUUUGUUUAUCUAGCAGACGUCUUUAUCCAAGGCGACUUACAGAGACUAGGGUGUGUGAACUAUGCAUCAGCUGCAGAGUCACUUACAACUACGUCUCACCCGAAAGACGGAGCACAAGGAGGUGAAGUGACUUGCUCAGGGUCACACAGUGAGUCAGUGGCUGAGGUGGGAUUUGAACCGGGGACCUCCUGGUUACAUACCUUUUCUUUAACCACUGGACCACAGAGUCUCCUCAGUACCUUGCUCAAGGGUACAGCAGCAGUGUCCCCCACCUGGGAUUGAACCCACGACCCUCCGGUCAAGAGUCCAGAGCCCCUGACCGCUACUCCACACUGCUAUGCAUUUACGAGGUCAUUUAAAAGUGUGAUUUACAAGCUGAAGCGCGGCACACUUGCUUAAUUGAAGCUGUAAUUGUAACUAGAUAAAUUACAGUUCAAUUACACUGUUUUUUUUUAGUAUUUUCAGCCACUUUCGGUGCCCACGUUAUUUGUUUGAAACAAUAAAUAAAGUUCUCUAGUAUGUGCGCGUGUAUUUGCAGCAGUGGUUGUUAUCGCUGGGUUAUUUCGAAUAAACACAGUCAAUCGUGUUAAUAACGUGGGUAGAUGUUUAUGUUUUAGUGUAAUUGUAAUUUGAAUUGUAAUUACUGCAGCGUAAUGGCAACUAAUUGUAACUGAGAAAGUGAGACCUGCAGUACCACGUUCUGACCACAAGAGGGCGCACAUACAUCACUUAAAAAGCAUUUGAGAGCGAGAGAAGUGGGGGAUGAUAGCCCACAGUGUGUGUGUGUGUGUAUCUCUGUCUCUUUGUGUGUGUGUGUGUCUCAGUGUGUGUGUGUCUGUCUGUUUCUGUGUGUGUGUAUCUCAGUGUCUGUCUGUGUGUGUGUGUGUGUGUGUCAGUGUCUGCCUGUCUCUGUGUGUGUGUGUGUGUGUCAGUGUGUGUGUGCGUCUCAGUGUCUCUGUGUGUGCGUGUGUGUGUCAGUGUGUGUGUGUGUGUCAUUGUGUGUGUGUGUCUCAGUGUCUCUGUGUGUGUGUGUCAGUGUGUGUGUGUGUCAGUGUGUGUGUGUGUCUCAGUGUCUCUCUGUGUGUGUGUGUGUGUGAGUGUGUGUGUGUGUCUGUGUGUGUGUGUCUGUGUGCCGUGUGUCUGAAUUCUGCAGUGUGCGGCUCUUUUGAAUAGGAGCGAGAGAGAUAUAAUAUGAGAUAUUAAUAUAAUACACACAUAUAUUAUUAUAUAGGUGUCCAAAACCAUUUAUUUUUUCAGGAAAACUACAAAAUGCACUCCAGGACAGCUGUGGU